CAUUGGUACCUCGUACAUUUACAAAUCACGGUUACCGAUGUUAACGAUGAAUGCCCACAAUGGACAAUGCAGCCAGCACAGUUCUUGGCGGUUGUAUCACCUGUGGCCACAGCUGGAACAUACGUGUACAAGUUAGAUGCCACGGACAGAGAUGAAGGUGUGAAUGGAGAAGUGGAGUAUUUCCUAUUGGAAGGCGGAAGAGACAGAUUUACUGUUGACAGAAGCACCGGUUUGAUACAGACGACCGGGCAGAGUUUGGACGAGGGCGUAGAAUACCUUCUCACCGUGCAAGCGGCUGAUAAACUUGGAAAGAAAAGCUCGGCGGUUACAGUGUCAGUGAUUGCUGGCGAAAGGCCGCCACAGUUUCAAAACGCUUCGUAUACUGUGUACAUCCCAGAGAAUACCCCAGCAGGACACAUACUACUGACGGUCUCAGCAAUGUCGUAUCAGAACCGGUCCUUAAGGUACAGUUUGGUCACUAACCCGCACUACCUGUUCCGUCUCCACCACUUAAGUGGUGAGAUGGCAUUGACCCAGAGUGUGGACUUUGAGACGGAACCUAACCGGUUUCUGCUGCUGGUGAGAGCAAGUGAGGACCUGCACCCGCUAAACAGCACUGUGGAGGUUGUGGUGGUGAUUACAGACAUAAAUGAUUGCACCCCAGAAUUUCAGCAGACAAUCUACAGCCGUGACAGCGUCCCUGAGACCGUGCCGGUGGCAACCUCUCUCUUGCAAGUGACAGCCACUGACUGUGACUCCGCUAUGAAUGGGGAGUUUUCAUACUUCACUCUCAGCCCUGAUUUCAGCAUCUCCACUCAGGGCACCAUUAGCCCAGCAAGGAGCUUGGAUUACGAGAGGCCAAACCAUCUGUAUGAGUUUGUCAUCCUUGCAAUCGACAGCGGAGAGCCAUCAAACACGGGGACGGCCACAGUCAGGAUUCGCGUCUCCAAUGUGAACGACGAAGCCCCCAAAUUUUCUCAAGCAAUUUAUCGGACCUUUGUAUCGGAGGAUGCGACCCCCAAUACUUUGGUGGCCACGGUGCAGGCGUUCGAUCCCGAUGGAGACAGAGUCACUUAUGAAAUUUCAGAAGGAAAUAGGGAGGGAAAUUUUCUUAUUGAUCCUCAGAAAGGACUCAUCCGUCUUGGUUCCAGCCUCCGCCCCUGGCUCCAUGGGACAGAGUAUGCGCUCACUGUGACGGCCACAGACGACAAUUCUAGUGGCGGUCCUAGCAGCCUCACAAGCAAUGCGACUGUCCUCAUUCGAGUUGAUGACAUUAAUAACAAUAAGCCCAUCUUUUAUCAGUGUGCAGAUUAUAGCAAGAUCACCUCUGUCUUGGAAAACCAGCCCCCUGGAACAUUUGUUCUUCAAGUAGAGGCAAAAGAUGCCGACACCGGGGUGAAUGGACAGGUGAAGUACGGAAUUGUGCACAGAGAAGGCUUCCUGCCUGCCUUCACCAUCCACCCAGAUACAGGGAUCAUCACUACGCUCCAGAGUUUUGAUCGGGAGAAAGAGAAGGAAUAUCCCCUGACUAUCAAAGCCACAGACCAGGCCGCCGAUCCCCUCAUCGGCCUCUGUCAGAUCACCAUUGCUAUCCUCGACCAGAAUGACAACGACCCGAGCUUUGAAAACAACCGCUAUGAAUAUUUCCUGAAGGAAGACACGCCGGUGGGCACAAGCUUCCUGCGUAUUGCUGCGCAUGACGAGGACUAUGGCGUUAAUGCGGCACUCACUUACUCUGUGGCAGGUGACGAGCGGCCAUUCUUCCAGAUCAACAGGACAACAGGGUGGCUGUACGUCAGCCAGCUGGUAUUGCGGAAGUCUUUAAUAACACAAGAAGUCAUUGCGACGGAUGGAGGAAACCGGAGCACACGUGCGGAGGUAGUUGUACGGGUCACGGAUGCCCAGAAUCAGCCCCCAGUGUGGGAAAGAGAUCGAUAUGAAAUUGUCAUACCGGAGAAUACGCAGAGAGAUACGCCUGUUGUGGUUGUUAAAGCAACGUUACUUCAUGGGGACCCUCGGGUGACCUACAACUUGGAAGAGGGUCUGGUUCCGGAGAGCAACAUGCCCGUCCGCUUUUACCUGACCAUGAACCGGGAGGACGGCUCCGCCUCUGUGCUGGUGGCGGAAAACUUAGACUAUGAAACCACCAAGAAUUUCAUCCUGAAGAUCCGGGCCCAGAACGUGGCUCCUGUCCCUCUAGCCGCUUUCACUACAGUCUACAUGAACGUCACCGAUGUGAAUGAUAACGUCCCGUUCUUCAGCUCCUCCAUCUACGAGGCGUCGGUGACCGAAGGGUUGGAGUUGGGAACCUUUGUGCUUCAGGUGUCGGCAUCAGACCAGGACCUAGGUCUUAAUGGGGAGAUCACCUAUUCUAUCCUGGAAGAUCGCAGUGGGGACCACGCUCUGUUCCACAUAGAUCCCCAGACGGGCAACAUCUACACCGCCUCACUGUUCGACCGGGAGGUAAAGACUUCCUACUUACUGGAGGUGAAGUCUUCUGAUGGCUCUGAGUCCGCUCGCCCUGGAAAAUACGGACAGCCCAACUCCGACACGGCCUACGUGCGCAUUUUUAUCAGCGAUGUCAACGAUAACCAGCCGUCCUUCACUCAGCGCGCCUAUUAUGUGAGCGUGGACGAGGAUCAGGAUGUCGGAUCCGUCGUGGUUACCGUGAGCGCUAAUGACCCAGAUGAAGGCAUGAACGCCAACAUCCGGUAUCAAAUCACAGCAGGGAACGUUGGGGGGGUUCUGGAUGUGAACCCAGAAACAGGAUCCAUUUUGGUUGUCCACCCCCUGGAUUACGAAGGCGUGAAAGUUUAUGUCCUCACUCUGUUGGCGUCGGACGGGAAGUGGGAGGAUUACGCUACAGUGACCAUCAAUGUCUUAAAUCAAAAUGAUGAAGCUCCAGUCUUCUCUCUGAAUGAGUACCGAGGAAGUAUAUCAGAGGGACUGGCUGUGCUACCAACGUUCGUGCUGCAGGUUUCAGCCACUGAUCCAGAUCAUGAUGAACAGGGUGGUUUGAAGUACUCUCUUCAUGGAACCGGUGCCGAGAACAUAUUUACCAUCGAUGAGAAGACGGGAAGUAUCUUUGCGAUGGAGACCCUGGACCGUGAGGAACACUCAGUUUGGAGAUUUGUGGCACUGGCCACUGAUGGUGAAGGUGAUGGACUCACAGGCUUCACAGACGUAAUAAUUUAUGUACAGGACAUCAAUGAUAAUGCUCCCAAGUUCAUCUGUCCAUUAAACAUUUGCAAUGCUAGCGUGGUAGAACAUGCACCACCAAACACCUCAGUUAUGGAGAUGGCUGCCAUAGAUAUAGACGACAAAAAUCAAGGUCUAAAUGCCAUUUUAACCUACUCCAUAGUGCCUGAUCCAUUAAAUUUGUUGAGCUUAGAGAUGUUUGCCAUAAAUCACAGUACUGGCUCCAUUUAUACAGCCCAUGGUAAUCUUGAUAGAGAAGAGAAUGAUUCCUUCUUCAUUGUGGUUGAAGUUCGAGAUGGUGGUGGACUGUCCACCACUGGUACAGCAACAGUCACGAUAUUAGACAUUAAUGACAAUGCCCCAAAAUUUACUCAGGAUAUCUGGACUGCGGUCAUCUUGGAGUCCAGUGAAGUCAACUCUAAUGUCCUUCAAGUCUUUGCAACAGACAUGGAUAUUGGGGACAAUGCUUUGCUGACCUUUAGCAUCAUUGAUGGAGAUCCAGAUCAGAAGUUUUCCAUUGAGAACACUAGGAAAAAUCACCAGGCGGAAAUAAAACUGAAAAAAAGAUUGGAUUACGAGAACCCCCAAGAACGUUGGUUUAACCUCACAAUUAAGGUGGAAGAUCCAAAUUUCUCCAGCACUUCCCAGUGUCUGAUUGAAUUACAAGACUGCAAUGACCACUCUCCAGUCUUCAGUCCUUCACCGGUGCAAGUGGUCCCUUUUUAUGAAAAUAUAACCGUAGGGAGCAUAAUCACACAAGUCACCGCAUCUGAUGCCGAUUCUGGUAAAAAUGGACAAAUUACUUACAGUAUUAGACACGAUUCUGAUGUUCUUGGUGAAUUUGCUGUUGACCAAGUUGGCUCUAUUAUGGUAACAAAAUCCCUGGACCGAGAAGUCCUUUCUCAAUACACACUUGUCAUUUUGGCAACUGAUGAGGGUUCUCCGGCACAAACUGGCACAGUGACUGUGUUUCUUGACCUACUGGAUGUCAACGAUAAUGGGCCGAUGUUUGAGGGCAUCUAUAAACCUAUAGUUUGGGAGAAUGCACCCUGGCCCCAGACUAUACGCGUGAACGAGAGCUCAAGUUUAUUGCAUGCUGUCGAUCUGGACUCACCGGAGAAUGGCCCACCUUUUCAUUUCUCCCUGCCUACUGACCAACAGAAUUUUUUCGACUUCCUUGUGGUGGAUCAUGGAGAUAGCACAGCCUCAAUUCAGACCCAGAGAGGCUUUGAUAGAGAACAAGAGAAAGAGUUUCAUCUCCCUGUGAUUAUAACGGAUAGCGGGAGUCCACCGAUGAGUUCUACGAACAUGCUCACUAUAACCAUCAGUGAUGAGAAUGAUAAUGGUCACAAAGGAGGCCACAAGGAAAUCUACAUUUACACCAAUGCAGCGUCUCCUUCCCAGGUGGAGAUUGGAAAGGUCUUUGCUCCAGAUGAAGACGACUGGAAUAAUAAAACCUAUACAGCCGCCUCGGAGAUGCCUGCGCACUUUCUAUUGGACCAUACCACAGGGACUCUGCUGAUGGAGAACAGCGACCAAGGAACUUACAAUCUAACGGUCAACGUUUCAGACGGCAUUUGGCCAGAUGUUACAUCUACUGUGCAAAUUCAUGUAAAAGAUUUAACGAGCGAGGCCAUCUCCAGCUCCAUAUCUCUGGCACUAACAGACGUCACUGCCGAAGAGUUUAUACAGAGGGAUCAGCUAGGGGACACCAAAGCCGACCAACUGCGGAGGGUCCUGGCGGAAAUCGUCCCAGCUCAGCCGGCAAAUGUCCAGAUCUUCAGCCUGAACAGCGAAGAGCGAGUGACAGAACUGCGCCUGGCUGUCCUGGGUUCCUCCUCUUACUACAGAGCCGAGCGACUGCUGAGUGCCAUCGUCUCGCACAGGAACAAGAUCCAGGCAGCUGUGCAGACGGAGAUAUUCCCAGGAGGAGCAGACUUCUGCCUACGUGCAGUAUGUUUGAGGGGUGGCGGGUGCAGUAAACAUAGUGGAAUCGCAGACUCCCCAAAACUUGUAGAUGGGGGCAGCGCCUCUUUUGUUUCAAUCAUCCACAACUUGAGUGCAGCGUGCAGAUGUCCAUCGUAUGUCCGGGAUCGAAAUUUCUGCAACUCUUUGCCCCAAAACCCAUGUCUAAAUGGUGGAACUUGUGUAGAUGCUACUAGUGGAUACCGGUGUCACUGUGGGUCUCAGUUCAGUGGGCCCUUGUGUCAGCUGACUCUACGCCGUUUCCAUGGUGACGGAUACACCAUCUUUUCACCAAUGAGCGUUUGCUCGGACAGUCAUCUAUCUGUAGAAUUUAUAAGCGAUGAACCCAAUGGUACCUUAUUAUAUAAUGGACCUCUGUCCAAUCAGACGCCCGGAAAUGAAGAAUAUUUUAUGUCUGUCGAUGUUGUGCAGGGUGUACCCAGGCUGAGGAUUGGACAGAUCUAUGACACCCUACACUUACAGCUACCUGCGGCAGUAAAUGUGACGGACGGGAGCUGGCACCGGCUAGAUGUGAGACUGAAGAAAAAGGAAGUGACAUUCACUCUGGAUCGCUGCAGCUCAGUCGUUAUCAUGGAAAAGGAGGGAGUGGGGAAGAGUCUAUUAUCGGAGGAUCGCGGAGGCUGCGAAGUCCACGGACUGAUGACCCGGGCCUGGCGGCAUCGGAAUCCGCAUCAUGUUCUGCAGCUGGGCGGGAUAAAGGCGUCGGCCCCUCCGUCACACCUGCCGCUGGGACUGGCUGGUUUCAAAGGAUGUGUGCGGAAUCUUGUGGUCAGUAAGCAGGUGUAUGAUCUGGGGUCUCCUCUGGAGGGGGUCAGUAGCUCUCCCGGCUGUGCAGUCUGUGAUGCCAUCAGAUCACCCUCUAGCCUGUGCGAGACCCCAUCACGGUGUACUGGAGGAUCUGCUGCCCCCGGCUGUGACUGCCCUCCCGGAUCCAGCCAACAUGGCUGCCAUAAAGAUGUUAUGGAAUAUUUCUUCCAAUCUGGAAGUUUUAUCCAGUACAGGUUUCCUCGCCUGUUGCACCCACAGAGGACGCAUUUCCAGGCAAUGUUGAGAACACGUCAGUCCAACAGCAUUAUCCUGAGCCUGUCGUCCAGGGACCAAACGGAGUACAUCAUCCUGCAGGUGCUGCACGGGCUCCUGGCGGUGUCCUAUAACUUAGGCGAUGGCGAUUACUCAGUCACGCUCCCCAGUCACAGGAUUGAUUCCGGGGAGUGGACAGAUAUCAGUUUGGAGAGAGUACAAAAUGAAUUCACUCUCAGCGUGAACGGAGGAGGGGAACAUGAAGACAUCACCGCGACACACGGGACCUACAAGGAAAUUAAGGUGGAUCCAAACCGCAUCAUUCUCGGCAAUGGCAACCUGCAAGAGCUGAGUUUUCAGGGCUGCAUAAAAAACGCAAGGCUGAAUAACUACCGUGUUCCCAUGGAAAACCAGUCCAGCUCUCCUGUGUCUGUUAUAAAGAAACACGGAGUAAUGAAGGGUUGUGUGUCCGAGGUCUGCAAAAGUCACCCUUGCAGUCGGGGCUUUCUCUGUACAGAUCUAUGGAUGAUACAUGAAUGCAGGUGCCCCCCAGGAUACCUGCUAAUAGAGAAUAACACAGGCCAGUGGUGUAUGUACACUGUGUGCGUGCGGACUCCUUGUAAACAUGGCACUUGUGUACCGCGAUCUCCAGCUGAGUUUACCUGCCUAUGUUCUGAAGGAUACGUAGGAAGUAAUUGCGAUGUCAUUCUGCACAGCCUUGACCCGGGAUUUGGGCUCAUUACCUUCCUUAUAUGUAUCUGCUCCACUACACUGAUCGCUCUGAUUGCAGGAGCCGUGCUGUGCUCUCACUGCAACAAGAAGAGAAGACUAAAUGAAGGAGUCUACCAUGUUUCUGCUUAUGAGGAUCCAAAGGACACCCAGCAAAAUAUAUUUCACUACAAAGAGGAAGGAGGCGGAGAGGAAGAUCAGGACGCAUUCAGCAUGACAGAUCUCCAGCUGUCCCUUCGGAGAAGCCCCGGUCACUCUCUCUGCAGGACACGGAGGGAGCAGCACGUAAACGGCCCCUUAAGCUGCGAUUAUCAUACGUCUGACAGCCACAAGGCACCGUCACAACUGACCGCAUCAAGACUGAGCUGUUCUUUUACCAGCGGAGACUUUGGGCAGUAUUUCCACGACGUCUGUCAAGACGCUGUCUACAUGCACUCGUCGUGCGACAGCUUGAAGGUGUACGAUACGGAGGGAGCAGGGUCUAGCGCCGGCAGCCUCAGUACGCUGGCCUCAUCUGGAUUAGAAUCAGACUUGGAGUAUGAGGACGUGAGGGCAUGGGGGCCCAAGUUUAGUUAUCUCAGUAAACUCUACUCCUACACAGAGGAUGAUGACGCGCAGUGAGAUGUAUGGAACACGGGUACAGAGGAGACUUGUUAUGUCACACGCGUGUGCGCACACACGUACAUGUAUCAUCACUGAUGGCGCUUGCAGAAGGUUUUCUAGUAAUGAUGAAUAAUGUGUACAACCGUACAUACAGUGCUGAUGAGAGGAUCUUAGCUGUUACUCUGACGUGUGCAGCUGCAGCAAUGCUCCCUUGCCCACAGAGCUUACACUCAUAAGCAGACCAGGGGGUAUCAUAAAACAAGCACUGUGAGACUCUUCAGGACCUUUGUAAGGUGCGAUGACCCUAAAACGAUCCCCACGCACCCAGACACCUGUGUUUAUAUUUUGUAGUGCCCAUUCUCCUGCUCUCCGUGUGAUGUGUUAUCCUGUGUUACUUACAUUUUAUAUUACGUGUGUUUGAGGCUUUUAUGAAUGUUUGUUGGAAAUGACUAGUCAGUGUAACGUAGGCAUGAAUACAGGAGAGGAAAAGCAAUACUCACCACUGACUGUACCCGUCACUGGAGAGACACGGGAGUCACCGCUGUCCAUAGAUGGUUAUUAUACGUAGAGCUCUUUGGAGCUGUCCCUUCCCCUAUGUAACAAAAAUGCUAAUUCAGCCCCAAAAGGGAAAAACUCACAUUUUAUUGAGCAUUUCAGUGAUGAAGGGAAAACGGAUUAAUAAUGAGAUUCCCUUUACACUGUGUAUGAGCCACCCCCUGUGUACUGGAUACCCUCCAGCUGUGCGUCAUCCCCCUCCAGCCCAACAUGCAAAAUCUCUCCCCAACAACCUUAUUACAUACCCAGGACUGUCUGUGUGUCAAUGUGCCUUAUUCAUGCAUGCUGUACCAGGGUUUUACCUAUGCAUUGGGCAUUGGUAAAAUGCGGUUUUAUAUCUUUCCUAUCACUAGAUUAAUUUCAGAUGGAUGUUAUUAAAAAAUAAAUAAAAAUCAC